UUCCGCGGGACGAGAGGGAGCUAGGAGCUGCAAUGGCGGGAGGAGACGAGGUGAAGCUGCUGGGGAACUGGGCGAGCCCGUACGUGGCCAGGGUGAGGCUGGCGCUGCACCUCAAGGGCGUGCCCUACGAGUACGUGGAGGAGGACCUUGCCGACAAGAGCGAACUGCUCCUCCGCUCCAACCCCGUCCACAAGGCGGUGCCGGUGCUCAUCCACGGCGGCAAGCCCGUCUGCGAGUCCCGGGUCAUCGUACAGUACAUCGACGAGGCCUUCGCCUCCGCCGGCGCCGGCCCGCCCCUCCUCCACGCCAGCCCCCGCGAGCGCGCCGCCGCCCGCUUCUGGGCCGUCUUCGUGGACGACGAGCUGCUGGCGCCGUGGGGGAUGGUCAUGCGGUCGGGGACGGACGAGGAGAGGGCGGAGUGGACGAGGCGGACCGUCGCGGCGGUGGAGACGCUGGAGGGGGCCCUGGGGGAGCGCUCCGAGGAGGACGGGGAGGGGUUCUUCGGCGGCGACCGCGUCGGUUACGUCGACAUCCUGCUCGGCGGCAUGGUCCCGUGGGUGCGCGUCACCGAGAGGCUCUCCGGCCACAACUUCUUUGAUGCUAGCACGGCCCCGCUGCUGGCGGCGUGGAUGGAGCGCUUCGGCGAGCUGGACGCUGCCAGGGCCGUCUUCCAGGACGUUGACCGCCUCGUGGAGUACGCCGGGACGAUACAGGCACGGGCGCACGGCUAGCCGCCGAGGCUGGAACUGCAAGCAACUGAUAUACCUUGUCUGCUAUGGUGGUCGUUGUGGUUGAUGCAAGUAUACAAAUUACAUGCUCAGGGUUUUUCUCUCUUUUCACA